CUUGUAUACGUCAGUUGAGUUGUAUUGUUGAUUACCUAGGUAUUGUUUGUCCUAUUCCUGUUAGAAUAAAUCUUGAACAAAAUCUACAAUUUCUAAAUCUAAAAUGGCUGGGACGUAUUAUUUCGUUAUUGUUGGUCAUUCAGAUAACCCCAUAUUUGAACUAGACUUCAUACCAGUCACAAAAGACGUUAAGAAAGAAGACAACAGGCACCUGAACCAAUUUAUUGCACAUGCCGCUUUGGACCUGGUUGACGAACACAUGUGGAAAGUCACCAACACGUACCUCAAAUCUGUGGACAAGUUUAACCAGUGGUUUGUCUCCGCAUUUGUCACUGCUAGCCAGAUGCGUUUCAUAAUGGUGCAUGAUUCUCGCAAUGAAGAUGGCAUCAAGAAUUUCUUCACAGAUGUCUACGAGGCGUACAUCAAGUUGUUAUUAAAUCCAUUCUACAAGGAAGACACUCUGAUAACAUUCCCCGCCUUUGAGAAGAAGGUGCAAUUCCUUGGGAAGAAGUACCUUACAUGAUCCAUGAGUCUGUUUAUUUAAGUGUACAUAUUGUGUAUAUCCUCCUUUAGAUAUAAUUCAUAUUUAUAGACUCAAUUUGUAUAAAUAAACCCAUUUUGUAUAAAUGUCGUCAAAAUACUUUUUGUCUUCAAUGUUGAAUUGUGGGUUUAAAACUGUAGCCAAUAGGAAAAAGGCAAUGUUUGUAAAAAAUAAUAAUAACCAGGUUUUUAGUUAUAAGAGUUUGAGAGAAUCUUAUAUCCAGAUAUUGACUUGUUGAGAUGUAUGUUUUUAUUCAUGAAUUUUGGCAUAAUCUCGUAAAUAUUUAUAUCUAUACUUAAUGGAAGUGUUAUAGUUCGAAAAUUAAGGUCUGCUUUAACUAUUCAUAACAUUGUGAUAAAAGCAAAUAACAAAUAUUCAAAGAUAAAAGUUUAUUACAGUUUUACAUUAAUUUUCUACAUUAUUUUUUACUAUCAAUCACAGGCAGAAUAUGCAAGAUACACCAACAAACAAUGUAUUUGCAAGCAUAGUCAAUUAAAAAACUUGCCCUAGACACACAUGUUAUAACUUCACAUGUUGUUGCAUACACCAGAACAAUACUGCAGUGCAUACGCAACAAAUCAAUAUCAAAGAGCUUGACUUCAGUCCAAUGUUGUGUCUUAUCUGACAAAAAUCUUUUCCUAUUCCUCAAAAUAACAGUCAGAAACAUCGAAUACUCCAAUACCCACAGAAUAGAAAUUGAACCAUCCUUAUAAAUAUUAAUACAAGUCUGGAAGGCCAAGGUCUUCAUCUAGAAGACUUCCACUUGAGAAGUCAUCUGAAACAAUAAAUUUUUAUUUUCAACUUCAA